AUGGUUUCCGGGCUUCAGAAGAGAGCACCAUUGCGCCGAAAGCUUCAAAAUCUAAGCAGCCUUACCAAGAUGAAAUCUGUCAAGAGGAGCUCCAUUUUCAUGGAGGCUUUGCUCCAGAUUUACAUGUUGAAACUCAAGCUUGAAGCAGUCCAAAGAGAGUACCUGCAUCUCAUGGCUCUUAAAACAGAAUACUUAAAGCUAAUCAAACAUUCUCAGGUCCCCAAGGAAGUGAAGGUAGAGAAGAUUGAGGAAGGGUUUCUUGUAAGAGUGAAGUGCGAGAACGCAGGAGACACUCUGGUUUCAGUUUUGGAAGCUUUUGAAGAAAUGGGUCUUACUGUUCUGCAAGCUAGAAUUUCAAGCAACAAUUAUUUUUCCAUGGAGGCCAUCGCUGUAACUGAAAACCAAAACCAAGACCAGUUGGAUGUUAGAGAUAUCACGCAAGCAAUUACUAGGGCAACCGAGUUUAAUGGUCAUUGA